AUGGGAUAUUCUAAUACUAAAAUUGAGGAACCUUUUAGCAAAAAAUUGAGAUCUAAAGCAAUUUUUAUCUUUAAUAAACUAGAUAUCAAAGGUAAUAGAACUAUAGAUAAAGAAGGAACGGCACACUUUUGGUAUUAAACUCUUUUAAAUCCUUAGGAAGUCUAACUAUGCUUAACUAAAUAUCGAAGCAUUAUUUGAAGUUUUGGAUUUUGAUAAAAGGGGAGAUAUUACUGAAGAUGAUUGGAUGGCUUUUUGGGAUAUUGUUAAAUAAAAUGGUUAUUCUGAAGAAAUAUCAAGUUUUAAGUAAUCAAUCUAUUAUUAUUUCUUAGUUAGAUGAAUUAAAGGAAGGUAGGCUUGGGUAUAAUUUAAAAGAGUUGA